CCUUCCCGACGGACGGGAUUUCUCGGCCUCGAGGAAGGGAGCGCGGCUCGCCCUCCGCGUCCCAAGCGCCGUCCUCCGCCUCUUGCAGCCCCCCGCCCCCGCCUCUCGGCUGGGCGGGCCGCUGCGCUCCUCUAGGCCCGGCCCUCUAGGCCCCGCCGCGCCAUCUCCGCCCGCCCGCCCGCCAGGGAGCAGGGCCCCGCUGGGGGAAAGGCGACCGACGGGCUUCUCGGAGGGCAGCGAGAAAUGGCUGCCUGGAGGGGCUGAAGGCGAGGGCGCCAGGCGAGGGCAGGAAGGAGCCCCAGACCCGCUUCCCGAGGGGGGUGUCUCGCCCUCCGCACGGGGCUCGGCCAUGAGGCUCCUCCGGGCGCUGCUGAGGAGCGUCUCCCCGGCCACCAUCCCUCAACAGGUGGACUUCUACUGCCGCUUCUCCCCGUCGCCCCUUUCCAUGAAGCAGUUCCUCGACUUUGGAUCUGACAAUGCUUGUGAGAAAACUUCAUUUAUGUUUCUGCGACAAGAGUUGCCGGUGAGAUUGGCAAACAUAAUGAAAGAAAUAAGUCUGCUUCCAGAUAACCUUCUCAAAACACCUUCAGUUCAACUUGUACAGAGUUGGUAUGUCCAGAGUCUUCAGGAAAUCCUUGAUUUUAAAGACAAAAGUGCUGAUGAUUCGGAAGCUAUUUCUCGCUUUACAGAUACGGUGAUAACAAUUCGGAAUCGUCACAAUGAUGUCAUUCCUACCAUGGCUCAGGGGGUGAUCGAAUAUAAAGACCACUAUGGUGUUGAUCCAGUGACCAGUCAGAAUGUGCAGUAUUUUUUAGACCGUUUCUUCAUGAGUCGCAUUUCCAUCCGAAUGCUUCUUAAUCAGCACACCUUGCUGUUUGGGGGAAAAGUCAAAGUUAACCCAGCUCAUCCGAAACACAUUGGAAGCAUUGAUCCUAAGUGUGAUGUGGUUGAAGUUAUAAAAGAUGGUUAUGAAAAUGCUAAGAGCCUCUGUGACCUCUAUUACAUGAGCUCUCCAGAACUUGUGCUUGAUGAGCAGAAUGUCAAAUCACCGGGGCAGCCCAUGCAUGUGGUCUAUGUACCGUCACAUCUCUACUACAUGGUUUUUGAACUCUUCAAGAAUGCCAUGAGGGCUACAAUGGAACAUCAUGCCGAUCGAGGUGUUUACCCUCCAGUUCAUGUGCAUGUCACAUUGGGCAAUGAGGAUUUAACUGUGAAGAUGUGUGAUCGUGGUGGUGGAGUUCCUUUGAGAAAAAUAGACCGCCUUUUUAACUACAUGUAUUCGACUGCACCCCGUCCUCGUGUUGAGACCUCAAGAGCAACACCUCUGGCUGGAUUUGGUUACGGUUUGCCUAUAUCGCGCCUCUACGCUCAGUAUUUUCAAGGAGAUCUGAAAUUGUAUUCUCUAGAAGGUUAUGGUACUGAUGCUGUUAUCUUCAUAAAGGCUUUAUCCACAGAAUCUGUUGAAAGACUACCUGUGUAUAACAAAUCGGCUUGGAGACAUUACACAGCAAAUCAUGAAGCAGAUGACUGGUGUGUCCCAAGUAGUGAACCAAAGGACAUGACCACAUUCCGCAGUAUAUAGCUGCCUUGCAGGACAGAUGUGCCCAGCUGAGGAUACAGCAGUUUGUGUCUGUGCAGUGUAAAUUGUGGAUUAUUCCUGUACAACUCUUUAAUAUUUUGUCUGAGGGACAAUAGAUUUCCAUUAUAGAGCUGUCAGAAAACCAUACCAUCUUUUUUUAAAAAAGCAUUGUGCAGUGUUCGUUUUGUAAAGCAGAGAUUUAAAUGAAUCCGAUUCUUCCAUCAUGGAUUGCUUUGGUCAUUGGAUCUGGUGUGCACAUUCUACAUCAGCUGUAAAGAGUCAAGUGCAGAGCUUGUUCUAAUAUUGUACCAUUUAACGACCAGGUUUUUCAUGGGAUAUCCAUAUAUUACUGUUUCAUAAACCAACUCCUUCCAAUCAGCUGCACUAGUGUAGCACUUUGAUGACAAGGAUUCCCAAAGUGCUUCUCAGAGUCAAAGAUACUUUAUGGUUAUCAUGUAUGUUUGUCUUUAAACAUUCUUUAGUUUGUUCCCUCUAAUAUUAAACAUCAGUCAAGGUACCUCUUUACCUUUUAAAUAUGUUGCACAUGUUUCAGCUAAAAUUAAAAGUACUUGCGUCUCCGUUUGGAAAGCACAUACUCUGAACUUUACCUGUUGAAUCAGUUAUCUCCUGAGAGUGGUUAACUUCAGCUGGAUAAAGUCUUGUUUUUCUAGUUCUAGGAAUUUGGAAUAAAACUUUGAUAUGGAAUAAAAUAUUAUUAAUUAGCAGAUUAAGAGAAAUAUUUUUACUUCUAUUCAAAUGAAUAAGACACCUUAUAUUUAAACUUUUCUGUCAGUACAACAAAUAAUCUAAAAACACUGAGCAUUAAGUGCCACUGAUUUCAUUUGGAAAAGGCUAAAUUGAUGUUUAACAGUACUCUAUGCAAGUUUAAUUUAUUUGUUAUUAGUGAGUACAGGUCUGCAGCUAUAUUCUCCUAUUGAAAUCAGUAAGAUCUAAAAGCUCUUAACUUUUGGCUGAAUUUUGCUAUCACCUUUAGGAAAGAUGAUACUGUCACUAAAGACCCGUUGAUAUGUUGUUGAACAGCAGUAAUAUUUGCCUUAAGUUUUUCAUAAGACAACAGGUCUUGAGUUAUUAAAAUAGUUCUGUGAUUAUAUACCUUUGACAGCUGCCUACUACAGCUCACUUUCUUUACACAUUCAUCCUAUUUCUCUUAAAAUAAUGCUUUAACAAAAGAUACGUCAAUUCUCUAAUUUUUUUAGUGCUAGUAUUUUAUACUACUUUACCCUAUUAACUACUUUCAUUUAUAUUAAACUGUUAUCUUUGCUGUCCCCAGCUCUUUCCAUAAAAAUCUCACCAAGAAACCAGGUAAGCUGAAAUAAUUACAUUAAAUCACUUGCAUUCCAGUGAAUUCAAUUGAAUUCUGAUACCUCUGGCAAUCACUUAUUGCUGUUACAGUAAUUUUAGAGAACAAACUAUAUGUCUAUUCAGAAGUAAGUCAGUGGAGCUUACUUUCAAGCUGGUGAAGGACUGCAACCUCAAAAUUGCAGUCCUGAACAUAUCAGGGAGUAAGUCCUAUUGAAUGUAGUGGGACUUAGGUUGGAAGAAAUGUGCAAGAUUUCUCAAUUACAUGAAUUUAAUCACAGAAUUGAAUCUUUUAAUUACAGCCUUCUAAGCAAAAAUUAGAAUACAGAUAAUGUAUUACAGGCUAGCUGAUAAUUUAUGCACAAAUUGUUUAGAACAAUGGACAAAAUUCUUUUGUUUAGCUAGGCAGGUGUAGCUCAACAUUACACCUGCUGUCACUACGAUAGCAGCAGGGCAGAUGUGCCGUCCACAGAGCACUUUGAUGGUGCAUUGUGCAACAUUUGCAGUGGGAAUCAUGUGACCAGUUGCGCAGUUAAAUGGUGUAAUUCCCUGUUGCAGGGUGUAACUUUGUUAGACUUGCACAAACAGGAUUUUGACCAGCAGUUGCUCAUCACACAUUGCUGUUCAGUCAGUAUACGGGUACACAGAGUUUAUAGCUAUUUCUCCAAGUCUAGAUACCAAAUUCCACUGAGACACAUUUCUUGAUGCGUAGAAGUUCAUAACCUGUCUGCUGCACGAACCCAGACAUUUGCAGGCCCUGUGAUUCUUUCAUGGUACUGUACUCUUCAUGUCCAGCAAAUGUGAUAUAUACUCAUGAUAGAGGUAAUCCCUGCAAUUCUUCCUCAUCUUAUAUCCCAGCUCUCUGCUGGUCAUCAGUUAAAUGUAACUAGCUUUAAAUUGCAUCCAUAGUUUGAUGAUUUAAUUGCCUUAUUAUUGAUCCUUAACAUUCAUCUGCAGAGCUCAAGAAUGUAAUUUUAGCCAGUUUGCACUUACUGAGCAGACAUCAGUAAAAACAAAGUAGUAUGUUUAGAAUACACUCUCAGGUGAGAUUCCUAAAUGUAUUUGACAGGAAAAAGAAGUGUUGAAGAGUGACAGCAGUGCCAAAGUACAUGUACAGGGGCAAAGCAGGAUAGACUUGCCUAUUUGUACUUUUAAAUACAUUGUAUUGUCAGACAAGUCCCCAUCAGCAAUAGAGCUGUGAGGAUUGGAUCAUAGUGUAUGCUGGAUAGAAUAAGGCUUCCUUUAUUCCAGACUCAGUGGUAAACAUUUAUCAGCCACAGUUUGAUUAUCUCAGGGUGAUGGAAAAUAGGAGAGAGGCUGGAAUCAUUACCCUCCCAUUCCUGAAUAACAUCUGAUUCUUUAGAUACUUUUAUAUUAGAGAUGUGGUUGUGUUCCAGUAACUAAAACUAAGUGCAGCCUUGUUGAACAGUUUGAGAGCCAUACUCACCAACAGGUUCAAACACAAUACCUAACAAAAUUGGCAUUCAUUUUUGGAUCUGCAUGUACCUUGUCCUGGAUGGAUCAUCAGUAUUUUCAGUCAUGUAAACUACUGAACCUUAGAGAAAAGCUUAACUGGUUUGGAAUCUCAAGUAUUCAAUUCUAGGCAUUAAUUUGUAGUUAUUUAAAAAGUUUUGAGUUUCAUUCGCACAGUAUUUCUGAAAAGAUCAAUUACAAAGCAUCUUUAUACAGUAUGUAUUAUUCACAUGCUGCUAGUGCUAGAACUAGGUUUAAACAUUUCGCUUGCAGCUGGAAGGAAGAAAUGGAAACAAAUCACAAGAUUUUAUAUUUAAAAUUUUAAUCUACUGUGAAAACAAUGCUGGUUUGCAAGAAAAUAACUGAUUUUUGUAAGAAACAAUAAAGUCUAAGAAUUUCUAAGAAAUAAAAAAUGAUGUCUUUUUUUAA